AUGGCAGAGUUAGAAGCUAUUAAUAGCAGAGUGAAUAUAUACCUGAUGGAUAUUGGAUAUGAUAAAGGGUCCCGGGUACAUUCUAAGGCAAAUAGAACUAUGACCAUGACAUCGAAUAUUGUAGAAUCAGUAAAUGCAUCAAACAUGAUACCAAGAGACCUCCCAAUUGUGAACUUGCUUGACUUUAUGACGACAUUGAUUCAGAAAUGGAAUUACACUAAACGGGAGGAUGUCGUGGAAUCAUUUAUGAAGAUCGAUGUGUUGCCAUCAACUGAAUUCUUAUAUUUAGUAAUUGAUGGCCAAACAACAAAUGUGGUGCGCCUACAUGAAAAAACUGCACUUGUGGAAUAUUUCAGUUAG